ACCGAGAAAACAGAGAACGUUAAGAAUCAUUGCUUUUCUCGAGAAAAUAAUAUUUUUAAUUGAAUCGAGAAACUCUUCAAAGUUGAAUUAAGAAGAAUAUUACCUCAAUUGAGAUUUGAGAGACACGCAUAGAGAGAUUGAUUAUUGCAUCGAAUCAAGCUUGGUUUGUUAGUAAUGGCGGGAAUAGCUUUAGUUUUAGAUCUACUGAAGAAAUCUCAAUCUAAGAACACUCUCCACUCAUCUUCCUUCUAUUCCGCCUCCGCCGCCGCUGUUUCUGCUGCCGCCUCUGCUCCUUUUGCGUCUAGGUUUCUCUUCGGUUCUUUUGAGCCUAGAGUUGCGUAUUGUGAUGCUGCUGCUGCAAUAGAUGAUGAUUACCUUGGUGCUAUACGGAAAAUGUCUGCGGAUGUUUUGCAGCGUCAACCCCUUGCGUAUAUUUCUAGGUCCAAGGAAUACAAUAUCCAGCCAAAACCAGUUCUCUCGGCCUUUGAGUUCAGGGCACUUGCAAUGACUACAGUGAGAUCCCUUUUGAUGUUUUAUUUGCCUCUUUUGGAGCCUAAAACGGCUUCAGAGGAUGAUGAUGAUUUCCUAAACAAUGCUGCAGAAGAAAACCGCCACACAGACUUGAUUGUUCCUCUUAAAAAGUCAGCAAAGCAAAUUGCCCGUGAGACCACAGUUGUGACCACUCGGAGAGUCCUUGAAAGGCUGGCUCUGAGUUAUGUCUCACAGCGUAUGGCAUGGAAACUUCUAAAGGAUGUGCCUCAGUCGGCUUUACGCAAGGCUCAGAGAGGGUUGCCGACACAUGUAUAUAUCUUUAAAGUCAGCCAAACAACUCUUAGAGGUAUAAUAAAACAUUUUGGUUUCUCUACUCUUCGUGACCCUCCCAUCAAAUGCUCCUUCUUUUUCCAGAUCAGACAUUGUUUAGUUCUCCUGAAGCCUAUAUGCAUGUUCUGUCUUUGGCUGUGUUUAUGCAGGUCACUUCCUGGGAAUCGCAGCAUCAUGGGUAGUUCAAGUAGGCAUUGAAAUCUACAGAUGUGUGUUCCCGAAUGUUAAACCCGAGGAAGAAGAAGAAGAGGAGAAAGUCGAGAUAUCACAGCAAGCUAAGGAUCUCGGAAACAAAGUUGUGGGUAUCACAGUACGAUGUGGCGCGUCCUUAGUAUUUGCUGCCAUUGGAGCCGGGAUAUGUUCUUGCCUUAUCCGUCCCUCCACGGGCCAAUGGAUCGGUUGCGCGCUGGGAGACUUGGCUGGUCCGAUGGUUGUUUCGGUUUGCCUGCAGAAGACUCUUCAAGCUGAUUAUUAAGUUCUUGUGUGGAAAUUGAAUUCUUCUACUUGAAUCUUGAUGAUCCAAAUGAAAUCAUAGAGCUUGUUUUUUGUUUCUGAAAUUUCUUAUUGUCUUCACUGAACCUUAAAAACAAUGAUCAAUAGAUUUCUCAAAAUGUACCUACUUUUGACAACAGCACAAUAAGUCAGGUAUUUAUUUUCCUCGGAUU